ACAUUACAGACAUAUUGUUUUCUUUUAUUCUUUUAAGUCUUGCACGUUGCUUGUGUCAAAACGCAGUUGAACAUUUUCUUUCAUGUAAAAACAUACUUAUUGCAUAUUGAAAAGAAAGGCCAGUCUAAAAAAAAAAGAUGAGUUAUGAACAGCAACCAAUGCCACCGCAUGGGCAACAGCAAAUGGGAUUCAAUCCCGGGUAUAAUAUGUAUCAACCGAUGCAACCGGCAAAUAUGCAUCCACAACCGUAUCCACAAUACAUCCAACCGCUGGCCAUGCCGUUCCCAGCCAAUAUGCCCGUUCUCAUGGCCCCACAACCUGUACCGGUGCCACAUGUGAUGGUGCCACUGCCACCAGCAGCAAUGCAAAACAUGCCCCACUAUCCGUUGCCAUACAACAACAACAACGGCAAUCAUGUUCAUGCCACAAGCGCUGCUCAGAUGAACUUCCAACUUCAGAACGAGACAAUCACGUCGCCUCCAGAGCAGUCAAUGCCAAAGAUGAAGCCGGAACCGAAAAAGCCAGAGCCGAUGCCGAUGCCGACGCCAAAGGCAAAGCGAAAGUUGCUCUUGGAGCUAACUGCGAAUUGUGUGGUACCGAAAAAUAAGCCCGUCGAGGGUUUGCUUUAUGAUCCCGAUUUCCUGGACGCUGCACAAUUGGAGGCCAACAAUUACCUGAUGGCAGGCAUCUGGUAUGAUGAUUAUGAUCAUAUGCGAGACACGACUCCACCAAUCGAGGGAGUGUGUUUCCUCAAUCCGUUCUAUAGCACUCAACCCAAGGCACCGGAGAAACCGAGACACCAUCGCCAACAUCGUCCGAACCCGGUGCCGUACACCAAGCCACCGGCAGCACUGGCCAAAGGAUUGCCGCACUUCCCUUCGCCAUCGCCAUCUCACUCGCACUCGCACUCGCAGCUGGCAUCGCUGCAUCGCUUGACCAAUGCCAACGAUGUCAAUGGUCAUGGUCCCUCGAUGACUCCCCGGGACCGGACCGGGUCAGAGGGAGAGCAAUGGCACACCAAUCUAUUGGAGAUCGAUGGAGAGCGCAUGCAGCAGGAAGAGGCGAAGCGUCAACAACUGGAUCAACUGGAGCUGGAUGCGACAACAGCCGCAUUCGAAGCAAUGCAGUUUCCAGGAGGCAACAAUGCUGCUGCGGCACGUUCACGUCGCCAAAGACGCAAUCGCUGCCGUGGCCUAACCCAAUCCUUUGGCAUUGUGGCGCCCGUCUUACCCGACAUCUCGGGCAAUCGCAGCAACAACAACAACAUGCAGGCUGUCAACGAUGUGAUGUCCUUGUUCGAUGCCAAGCCAGUCGACGAGAAGAUGCUGCCAGCUGCUGCUGCUGAGGUCAAUCCGAACAAUGGACUGCCGGAGGAGAAGCAAGGCGAGUGGCCGCUGCUCUUCAUCCCGAAUCGUUCAGAAGGGAAUAUGAAGUCAACUUAAACUAAAGCUUCUAUAUAAAACUAUACAGCUUCAAAAAGAGAGAAAACCCAAACCAAGAUCAGAAAGGCAGAAACCCAAAACACGAAAAUCAAACAUAAAAAAAGGCCAAACAAUACUAUACUUCAAUAUAAUCCUCUCCUGAAAAUCGUUAUACAUGUUGUAUACAAUUAAACAUUGUUGAAAGACAAUGUGUGAUUAACUUGUAUACAAAAGUUUUUGAUAAAAUGAGAAACCAAAUACA